CUAUGACUAAUUAUUCAUCUAAAAUUACAUAAUUUCUAUUAUUUAUAUUGAGUACGAUCAACAAAAUAAACUGAGUUCCGCUCAUAUUCUAGUAUACAUCAAGGCAAAGUAAUGCAGAUUAGACUUCAUUGGGACUUAAUCUUUACCUUAAUAUAUAAUAUUCCAACGUUAUUAAUUUCUAGACAAGUAUGGUUGAUGAAGAUGUGCAGUCUUUAUGUUAUAUUUUCAUAAUAUUUUCAGUCAACGUAAGCGUCAUUAUCUAAGUAUCAACUUGGAUAUGCUCACCCGUACCCUGUACCCAAGUUAAAAACUUAUCGAAUACACCCCUGACGCCUGUCGGGGAAGAUGGCGGCAGCAGAGUUGAAACCGGUCGGUGCUUUGUGUAAUCAAAUACCAAAAACCGAGGAGACGACAGUAGAUCCGCAAAGUAAACUUGACAACUACAAUUUUCAAGUAUUGGACGUGAUCUUGUGGGUCUUCCCGGUCGUCACUUUCCUCGCAAACGUCAUAACAGAUUGCCUGGUUGUCAACAAUUACCUUUCUAAUGGUUACUCAGGAUGGGCGUACUUUACUGUCAUAUUCAUGCUGCUACCUGCAAUAAUUGUACAACUAUUCAGCUUACGAUGGCACCAUACUGACGGUUCAUUGAAUUAUACUCAUUGGAUGUCACACAUUAUUUUUAUGGGUAUAGUUCACAGAUACCUAGUUUUAUUGCACGCAGCAAUAGAAUCUUUGAAAAAUGGGCAAUCAAAAUCCCGGAAAGACUGGGUGCUUAGGCAGCAGAGCGACAUAUGCAUGCUUCACUUGUUUGAAUCAUUUAUGGAAUCCGCUCCACAGAUUUUGUUACAACUGUAUGUCAUGGUUGUACUUCAAGAGGCUUUAUUUUGGACCACUAUUUCAGCUGCCGCCUCCCUGUGUUCGUUAGCAUGGGCAAUAGCUGCUUACACCAGGGCUAUGCGCAGAGCACGGCCAGAUAAAUGUGAAACAGCAUGGCCAAGUCUAACUCUGCAAGCUUUUUGGAGAGGUGGAAUGCUCACAUCGCGAAUUGCUGCAUUGGUCUUGGCAGCUGUUUGCAUCAAAGAAUGGAUGUUCUUACUGUUAGGAAUUCACUGGCUGGGUAUGACAACAUGGGUAAUCCUACAGAACACAGAUUUUUGUCCAACGAAAUGGGAAGAACGAAUAUAUAACUGUGUAAUUGGUGUUAUAUACUGUUUUGAUUUUUUUAAUUUAUGUGAAGGGCAGUCUCGGUAUCGUGUACUUGGUUUUUAUUCAGUGACAAUUGUUCAGAAUAUUGUUUUUUUGAGUAUCUACAUUAUAUAUGUCAAGAGCUCGGUGAAGUUUGCUGUUCUUACCAUAUCAAUGAUCAUGAUCAUUGGUGGAACUGUGAUAGGAUUAACCAGCAUGCUUCUUUAUUAUGGUAAAUUUCACCCAGCAGGGCCAAUAAAAUUUUGUGAUAGUUCAAAUAACGAUGCCGAAACUGCUUCAGAAAAGACAGUGGAUAAAUCAGGAACACUUAGAUCUCUUAAGCAUCGAUGGCAUGCAUCUGUUUUAUCAAUACCACAUUCGGUUGAUUUAUCCCAAGUUACAACUGUAUCUGAUGAUAUAACGGCGGAUAAAAAAUCAUUACUUACUAAUAUAGUCCAAAGUUCUGAAUUUGUGGAAGAAGGGAUCGUUAAUCAGAGUUGCGAAAUCAGUGAUGUUACUGAAACAGUUGUGAAAGUUGUUGUGGAAAAUUCAAAUAUUAACGAAGUCACUUGUUCUAGCUCACAAAAUUAUGUUUCUACCCUACACAACUUAUCCAAUUCGUCAAAUAGUCAAAACAUGACUAAUGAAAUACUGCAUUCACAAAUUUCUGGAAAUUAUCAAAAUUUUAGUCGUCCAAAUUUGCCACAUUCAAUGAAUAUAGAUAGUGAUGCAGAAGAUGAUUAUGUCGAGUGUAAUAACAUAGAGACACUACGGCGUCAAAAACGUAGAGGGAUAUGUUCUCCGGUUGAACUGGGCUUGGAAACAGAUGAUUCCAAGUCAGACGAUUUAAACUCGAGCCUACAGUCGCAGAAGCGAAGAGGGAUUUGUUCCUCAGCGCAAUUAGGCCUAGAACUAGUUACAGACGAAGACAAUUAUGUGGAAAAAAAUUUCAAAUUUGAAAAACGGAGACCAAUGAUUGCCACCGCAUCUGAAAUUGGAUUCGAUCUGAAUAGUUUUGAAGAAAAUUCUUCUCCACUCAGUCCAACUUCUACAGAACUACUAGCCCUUCAAGACAGUAUUAAAGAUCGAGAGAGAUUAGACACACCUGUAAUAUCGGAAACUGAUAAAAUAUCUGAAAGCGAUAAAAUUUCCGAAGAAAUAUCGCAAAAGGAAGAAACUAUGAGUCAUGUCACUUCCGUACAUGAUUAUGAAAAUGUUUGUCCCUUGGGAAUAGCUAGACCUCCUUGGUGCAUACGUAGCUGGAAAGGGUACACUGAUAUUGAGACAUAUAUUCACGACGAUAGCGUUGUUAGAGAUCGACGCCGAGAUACAUUGACAAGUUCAGCUACUGGCACUACUUUUAGUUCUGAAUUUUCCGAUCCCACUUGCACAAGUCCAGCACCAAGAAAGGGUCUUAAACGUUCGAGACAAGAUGAUUACUUGGACACCUUAGUAUAUGAUCUAGAAGACUGGGAAUCUAAUGUAACUUCUAACGAGGAAGUAUCGACUUCAACUUUAUCUGACAUUGACGAAGAAGAGGCUAAUUUGUUUGUUGCAAAACCAAUUGUCAUAGACGACAAGGGUGGUAUGUUUGCAUUGGAUACAAUUUUAGAAGAACGAGAAGACUCUGUUUCAAGUUCAGACACCGGCAUCGAUUUAAGACGUGCCAAUAAUUGUUCAGUUAGUACUUUAGUCGCAACAAUCGACGAGAUAAGAAAAUGUACUGCUGAAAAUUCACCUAGACACGUUUAUCAUCGAACCGAAACUCAGUGGGAAGAUUUAGAUCCAAAGAUGUUAAUAAAGAAAGUACAGCUGGCAAAAGUUUUAUUUGCAAAUGAUUUUAACAAGUUUUCUCCCUGCAAAGAUGUGCCACAAUCGUCACUGUUGGAUUCCUCGUUAAUAUUCAACAGUGCCAAAGAAAUUGAGGCGAUGAAAGAAAUGACAAAGUGUUACUCUACUGGAUCCAUCAGACGAACACCCCUAAUAAAUGCUAUUUUAUCGGAUUCACCAAUCCUUGGACCAAAAGCAAAGAUCCAGAAAUAUAACAGUAUUGCCGAUGAUUUAAAUAUUUCGAACUUAGAAGAACACAACGUUUAUGUCGAGAUGCGACCACUAAUACCAGAAAAAUCUGAUGAAGUUCGUAAAAUGAUUCCCACCAUGUCACCACCUAAUAUUAAUCCAAGCAACCUCCGACCUAAAAUUGAAAAUGUCGAAAACAUGAUAUUAGAAAGUGAGGGCGUCCAUGAGAACUUCGCUGCUGAAGAAUCAGCAGUCAUACAAUCUUCUGAGAAUUAUCAAAUACCCUUGGUAACAUUUUCACGAGUGCCUAUUUCUCCCAGUGCAACAUGUUCGAAUGGUGAAUUACCAAAAGUGCCACCGACCAAGCCAAAAGCAGUACCACCAGUUUCGAAUGUGAAUUUUUCUUAUUCAGUGGGCGUACAUGCGUCAUAUGAAAAACGCAGACGAAACGUCAACCGACCAAGGCGAAAAUUUUCUCUUUUGAGAGAAAGAUUCGAGCCAAAAUCUGAAAGACUGAUAUAUACGGUAACACCACAAAGUAGAAAUUCAAACUUACUCACUGAACCUAGGACAAUGCUUUACCUUGAUCAAUCAAAAUUCAGUGCAUGUGAUAAACAAAUGUCAAUUAUUUUGAACGAUAAAUUCAAUGCCGAAGACUUUACUGCUUCUUACGACAAAGAAAAUUUGACACCAGCAGUAACAAGUCGAAUUAGUCACUGGAAUAGUUUUAUAAAUGAACAUAAUUCCUCAAUAUCCGAUAAACUUGAAAUGAAAGAUAAUAAUUUUGGUAGUCUUUCAAAUUUAAAGGAGAAGAGAAGUAUCUUUUUGAAACAAGUUCUUUCUCCGCCAAAAUUUCAGAACUGGGGUAAAAAAAGGACUUUUAGUCCAAAUGCCAAAAUGUUACCGAAAGCACUUUGAGAUUAAAUUAGUAAUAUUUACCUCUGAUAGAAUUGUAAUACAUGUAUAUGUAUCUGAUCUCAUGGCCAGUAAGUAGACAUAGGAUACACGUGUCAGCAUGAAAUGAAAAAUGAAUAUCUAAUGUUGCCACACGUUGAACGUGUAAAUGUCAAAUGUUCCAAAUUCAUCCAUCCAUAGCGGAGACUGAAUAUAUUCCAGAAACUCGGCGUGUCAAUUUGUGAUUGUGAACAGAAAAGAUUUCAUCCAAGUUGACUGAAUCAUGUUUCAAUUUUGAGCAGACAAUUUAUUUUCAUAAAACUCAUACAGAUCCAAAAGAAGCAAAACCGUUUGGCUUUAAUAACAAUGAGUCUAGUGCGAAAUUGUAUAAAAUCCAGUGUAGACUUAGCAUUCACUCCAUGUAAAUAUUUUUCUGCCUAGACGUUUAUUCUUAUUAGAUUAGUACUUUUUUGACUGUAAAUAUUACUCUACCAAUAGUGAUGAAGGGACAAGAGGGCGAAUGUACAUCUGCGUACAGAUACUUGAGGGUGAAGUUUUUUUCACAUAGAUCGAUGUGCA